GCUUGUUUAGCAUUGGUCACACACAACCCCUCACCAUGAACAGUGUCACAGCUGCCCUCCUUGUGUGGACUCUGACUUCUCUCAGAGGCAGUGACCAUGGCAGAGGGGAAGCUUGGCCCAUUCACAUAGCCUGCAGCAGUGGGGGCUUGGAACUAUUCUACCAGAGUUGCGAUCCCUUACAGGAUUUUGGCCUUUCCAUUGACCAGUGUUCCAAGCAGAUCCAACCAUACCUCAACAUUCGAUUUGGCAUCAUUCUGAGAGAGGACAUCAGAAAGCUGUUUCUGGACAUAGCUCUUGUCUCAAGAGGCUCUUCCAUUCUGAACUACUCCUAUCCCAUCUGUGAGGAGGACCUGCCCAAGUUCUCCUUCUGUGGAAGAAGAAAAGGAGAGCAGAUAUACUAUGCUGGCCCUAUCAAUAAUCUUGGAUUUGAUGUUCCACAGAGCCAUUGUAAGCGGACACCAUAUUGUAGUUAUCUACAGUUCUUGCAGGACACUCCUUCCCUGCCUUCUUCAGCCAAUCAACAGCUCUCUACAGAUACAAUCCAAUGGCGAAUACCAGAUUUUGCUGGAACUGUAUAAUGAAAAUCGUGCCAUUGUGGCUUGUGCCAAUGCUACUGUCAUCAGCUCUUGACCAUUGCCUGCCAGAAAAUGCAUAGCAAGCUUGGCCUAGGUGAACCCCAAAGUCCCCAGACUCAGCUGCCUGUAAGAAGAACCACUGAUGGCCAAAAGAGGCUUUACAAAGAAAUUCCAUAUGGGUCCCCCUGCCAAUCUUAGCCCCAGGGACAGAUGCUUCCAGACCCCACGAAAGUAAUAAAGCCUCCAAAAUGAUGUUUCUGAGGACUCUAAGUAGUCUCGAGGCCACAUUUGUAAUGGCUCUCCUUAUGUAAUUACAUGUCAUCAAAUGUA